CUUCAUUUUUCUCUCUCUUUCAACGUUUACUUUACUCUCUCUCUCUCUUGAAGAAUCUCGACAUUUGUAAUUGUUACAUUGAUUUCAUUUAUAAAUAUUCGCGUUCAAAUUGUGUUGUGUUUUUUUGUGGGUCGUUUUUCCUUGGAAAUUUGCAUCUGGGAAAACAUCCUGUAGAUUCAGAUUUGAUAGUUUUCUUGGUACAUAUUUGUAUAUAAAGUUAAAUUCUGUCGAAUUUGUUGUCAUUUGGUGUAAAAUUUCAGUCGGUUAGUCGGUCGUAGGCUCAGUGAUGAAUUCUAGAACGAGAUAUCCGCCGCCUGGAAUGGGUGGAGGCCGAGGAGGCGGUGGAAGCGGAAUGAACGCUCAUGGGGGACAAAACCCUUAUUUUCAACCAAGAGACGGUAAUCAACAUUAUGUACAAAGAAGUUCAGGGCAGUACAAUCAGAAUCAACAAUAUUUUCAAAACCCUCCGCCUCAGCAAUGGCUGCCAAGGGCCCAGCUUCCGCCAGCUGAUUCAACCAUAGACGAGGUCGAGAAGACCGUGCAAUCCGAAGCUGCUGAUUCGAGUUCACAAGAUUGGAAGCAAAGAUUGAAGUUACCUCCCCAAGACAACCGCUACAGAACAGAGGAUGUGACAGCGACCAAAGGAAAUGAAUUUGAAGACUACUUUUUGAAGCGUGAACUGCUUAUGGGAAUAUAUGAGAAGGGGUUUGAAAGGCCAUCUCCAAUCCAAGAAGAAAGUAUUCCUAUUGCUCUAACAGGAAGUGACAUCUUAGCUAGGGCCAAAAAUGGAACUGGGAAAACUGCUGCUUUUUGUAUUCCUGCCUUAGAGAAAAUCGAUCAAGAUAAAAAUGUUAUUCAAGCUGUUAUUCUUGUUCCUACAAGAGAAUUGGCUCUUCAAACAUCACAAGUUUGCAAAGAACUUGGAAAGCAUUUGAAAAUUCAAGUCAUGGUUUCUACGGGUGGAACUAGCUUGAAGGAUGACAUUAUGCGGCUCUAUCAGCCAGUUCACUUACUUGUCGGGACACCUGGAAGAAUUCUUGAUCUUUCCAAAAAAGGAGUUUGCAACUUAAGUGAAUGCAACAUGCUUGUAAUGGACGAGGCUGACAAGCUUCUGUCACCAGAGUUUCAACCUUCAAUUGAGCACUUAAUCUACUUUCUACCAGCAACUCGUCAAAUCCUUAUGUUUUCAGCUACAUUCCCCGUCACUGUGAAAGAUUUCAAAGACAGAUACCUGCGAAGACCAUAUGUCAUCAACCUUAUGGAUGAGCUUACCCUUAAGGGAAUAACACAAUUUUAUGCAUUUGUUGAAGAAAGACAAAAAGUUCAUUGCCUCAACACUUUAUUUUCCAAGCUUCAAAUUAACCAGUCGAUUAUCUUUUGUAAUUCUGUAAAUCGAGUAGAACUUCUUGCCAAGAAAAUCACAGAGCUUGGCUAUUCUUGCUUCUAUAUUCAUGCAAAGAUGCUUCAAGAUCAUCGAAACAGGGUGUUUCAUGACUUCCGAAAUGGUGCUUGCAGGAAUCUUGUGUGCACUGAUUUAUUUACAAGAGGAAUAGAUAUUCAAGCAGUGAAUGUUGUCAUCAAUUUUGAUUUUCCAAAGAAUUCGGAGACUUAUCUGCAUAGGGUUGGUCGAUCUGGAAGAUUUGGGCACCUCGGUUUGGCUGUGAAUCUGAUCACAUACGAGGAUCGCUUCAAUUUGUAUAGGAUUGAACAAGAACUUGGCACAGAGAUCAAGCAAAUCCCUCCACAUAUAGAUCAGGCCAUAUACUGCCAAUAAUCCAAGUAACUUUCUUUUGGAUGGAAAUGUUAACCUCGUGACGUAGCUGGUUCUAGUUGGAGGGUGUGGUCAGACAUAUAUAUAUAUAUAUAUAAUCAAUGGAGUUUUUAGAAAUCCUGCUAUUGGUGUCAUGAAAGACAUUGUAUUUUAACAAUGAAGUCGAAGAUGCUUGAAUAUCCCAGAAUGAGGGGACCUCAUAACUCACUCUAGUAUUUGGACAAUUCUGCCAUUCCAUGUGUACGGCGCAUUGAGCUUUGGCCUUUACUUUUGAGCCAUGGCUACAUCUUUUUUAAUUUUUCUGUUGAAUUAAGUUUGAGCCAGGUGUGUUUUCAUGCUUGUUCGUAGUUACCUUUCUAGGUUUCACUUCUGUUUUACUGAUAAUAAAAGCUGAGCAACAGACUCUUUUGGUU